AUGUUCCGUACUAUUAGGUUUUUAUGUUUUCCAGUUGAACAUCAAAGUGCUGCAAUCAGGGCUCUUCGUGAUGUGGAGGUUGAACAGUUUCAGACUUGGUGGCGUUUGUUCCAUUCGCAUUUCUGCAAGGACCAGCUACAGACUCCUGUACUGCAAGUUUUCAAGGAAAACCUUCCAAAUCUUAAAGUUGUAAGUAAUGGGAAAGAUGGAGAAAAUGAGGUAUGGAGGGAUAAAGAUGGUAGAAUAUUUAUUAACCAGGCUAAUGGAAGAAGCAUACAUGUUUCUCUUCUACACAGGAUGUCAGUAGUUUAUCCCAAUUACUCUGCUGCAAUGCCUUCUUUUAGUGGCUUUGAAUUUUCAAGCAAAGCAGGUAGUACAAAAUCCAGCCUCAUUGGUGCAGAGAACCCACCGAUUGGGGGUUUUGUUUUGGAGGAGCCAUCCAAUCCUCAGAUGCUUGAGUUUCAAGAUGCUUUCCAAACUCCUGCGUUAUCCAUAUUGUCAGGACAUACUGUUUGCCCUUCGCUUGAUUCUAUAGUUUCUGAGGUUAGUAGCCAGAGGUUGUCUGUUGGCGUAACACCCAAAACUUUAAGGCUUCCGAAACAUGGUGAGGUGCUUCUAUCUGUUUAUGGCUCACCUCUAGGUUUCUAUAAGAAAGACAUGGAAGCUAUACAUGGUGUACUUCUCUGUACCCAUUAUCCAGAACAAGAAAGAAAAAUAUGCUUUUUUGACAAAUCAAGAAAAAAAUACAAAGAGAAGAGAAGAUUUCCUCAAAAUACACACCAGUCACAACAUAGGUGGUGUCUAAGGGAAGCAUCUGCAAACAAGCAUUCAAAAGUAAUAGCACCCCUCCUGGCCAACAAACUGGCAUCAGCAUUGGCUGCCCUAUGCAAGUACCUUGCAGAUUGCAAGACCAGUAUGUCCUUUGAAGAAUUUGAUCCUACCGGUGAUAAUAAAUAA